AUGAUCGUAAAGCGAGCACUUCGAAACAAGUAUAUUGUAGCUGGAGGCGGGGCUGUUGAGAUGGAAAUUUCUGCCUACCUUCAUAGAUUUGCUGACAAUAAAACAGCCGACAAACAACAACCAAUCAUCAAAUCAUUUGCAAAAGCGCUCGAGGUUAUUCCCCGUCAACUCUGCGAUAAUGCCGGGUUCGACGCUACAGAUAUCUUGAACAGGUUGAGAGUGGAACAUGCUCGAGGCCACAAGUGGUCUGGUGUUGAUUUUGACAAUGAAGGCACCGCUGAUAUGAUGGAGAGGUUUGUCUGGGAGCCUGCGUUAGUAAAAAUAAACGCAAUACAGGCUGCUACGGAGGCCGCUUGCCUAAUUCUCAGCGUGGACGAAACUAUCCGCAAUGAAGAAAGCCAGACUCCUCAAGGUCAGCCGAAAGCCCUUCCUCCAGGGGCCGCGCAACGAGCUCUAAGAGGUCGUGGUCGUGGUAUGCCUCGGCGAUAG